CGAAAGACGAGGGAAGCAGAAACACAGAGAGCACACACAGAGAACUGAACGACAUUUGGCAACUGACACGCAGCAGACGCGAACGACACUGAGGACAACAAGCAAGAAGUGAGCAGCAACCCAGCGACGGGAGCAAGUGCUGGAGGCAGAGCAGGUUGGGGUUGCUAGGGUUGGUUGGCGUACUGGCGAUGUGCAUUCGAUCGCUGUGAGGAAGAAGGAAGGAACAUUCAAGUACGUGUGACGGGAGUGAGAUGGAGGAUGCAGUUGAUCCUGGGGAAUUGGCUGCAACGCUGGCAGCGACGAUGAGUGCAGACCAGGCAGAGAUCGCCCGCGCGGAACAAGCACUGCGCGUCUUUGCAACCAGCCCAAACAGCUUUGCCUUAACUCUCCUCUUUCUUCAGCAGAGCCCAGACCAUGCAGCACUGCACAAGGCUGCCAUCAUCUCUUUGAAGAACUUUCUGGCCCUCCACUGGCAAGCGCUGUCUCAAGACACACAAACACAAGUCAUUGACAUGCUCUUCUCCAGUAUCUUCACUGCAGAGUCUAAGAGCAUUGCCAGGUUACUGGUUGCGUGCCUCGGCUUUGCGCUCGACACGUUGGAGCGCGCGCUUCAUGCCACACCGUUUGUCAUCCAAAAGGUCCAGCAGUACUGGGAAGAGGGUAACGAGCAGCAAGUCAUCACCUCCCUGCGCAGCCUCAAGGCGUGCGUGCGGGUGCUGGCCAUGCGCGAAUUCUCAGACAACGCAGACGUGCGCCAACAGCUGCAAAACAUCUUCAACGGGUGCGUGGAUCUGGUUGACCGCUGCUCCGGCGCGGCGUCAUUCGGCGUGCUCAAGAUCCUCAUGGGUCUCCUCCGCUUCAUUGCCAUCAGCGCAAAGACAACGGCUGCGCUGUUUUCGUCGCCAGAGAACGUUGAGCAGCUGCACCAGGCCCUGCUGAAGGUCAUCAGGGAGGACCAGUCGCUGGUGACGCCGGAGACGGAGCUGCUGUUCUGGAAGGCAAAAGCGCGCGCUGUCGACACAUGGAGCUUUCAAGUCCUUGACUGCUUUGAGAAUGCGGAAGGGAACGAAGAGACGAUGCAGCAGAUUCUCAUGACCGUUGCCCCCGACUACAUCGAGACGCUGCUGAAUCUGCUGCUUGCAUCUGCACCGACCGGGGACUGGUCCUCGCUUGAACUUCGCGCUUACGAGCAAUGCAUGAGUACGACCAUGGACACGCUGGUGACGCAGGUGUGCAAACGGGAACAGCUGUUUGCCAUCCUGCGUGACCAAGAGGGGUGUAUCCCAACUCUCCUGGGACAGGUGCUGCUCGACCACCUCAAACUGCAGCCGUCAGACGAGGGGCUGUUGCACGAGAGCGUGACAGAGUUGGCGUACCGGAACAGCAGCGAGCUCAAGCUUGCCCUCUCAUGCCCGCACGGGCACGAUUCUGUCGACGAAUGCGAAGACGUUUGCUCUUUGUUCCAGACCCAGGACUUGCUUGCCGACAUCACAUCUCGCUCAUCAGCGAUGCGUCUUGUUCGGGAGCUGCUUAAACUCAGCAAUGCAGAGACAGUUGAAAACUACAUCCAGUACCUUCGCUCUGAGUUCUCUGCGUGUGAUCCCCGUAGCAUUGCGUCGUCAUCAUCGUCAUCGUCAUCACCAUCAUCGAUAGCAGCAGUGACGUCGCUCCUAUCUCGGCGCAUGGCGCUCACCCGCGCUGCCGCUGCUGCUGCCGAUGUGAUUCGCCACACCCUCCCCGCAGCCGCAGUCGACAUUGAGGACAUCACCCGCAACGUGUUGCACGAAGACGUGUUGUUGGACGGAUCUCCCAUUGCUGUUCAUCUCCGCGCCCUCGCCGCCCUCGUCAUCGGUCGCAUAGCGUCGCUGAUGCUUGCUCUGGACAGAUUUGACAUUUGGCGUGACUCUGUUGCCGUCCUCACACGUGCAAUGACAGACCCCGAACUCCCGGUCCGUGAGCACGCGCAGAUUGGGUUUGUGGAUGCUGUCUGCCACAUUGAGCUCUCCGCCAAGCUCAGAGACGUCGUUCCCUCGCUCCUCAAUGACCUGGCGGACCGCAUUGUUGCCCUCGACCUCGAUGCGACUGGGCAGCAGCUUGUUGUUGCGUUUACGGCGUGCAUCAACGCGCACAGCAGCCGGCUCGGCAGUCCUGGACCCGACAUGACCAACCCGGACCACGCCAUAGGUGGGGUGGAUACGGUGUUGGCGUUGAGAGGGGAAGGGGUGAUUGAUGAUGAAGUUGGUGGCUAUGUGUGUUGA